AUGCAACAGCAGCCGAGAUUGAAGAUCUAUGUGGAUCAACCGCCAGCGGUGGAGCACGAGAUGAAGAGCGGCUUUGAUUUCGGCAUAGAUAAACCGGUCGCGUACGAGCUGAAGGAGAGAGUACAAGAGGUGGAAACAACGGUUUUUGAGGCGGAGACCAAUGUAGCGGUUAGUGACGAGUUUGGUAUCUUGAAAUCGGAGUGGAUUCCUCCGAGGAGAAUGGAUUCGUCAGAAAUUCCAUCGGAUGCUCUGUUUCUUCUAGAGAAACCACAGGCUUCCUCUAGAUUCAGUCACCGGAAACCCGUCAAAGCCAGUCCUGAAGGUGGUCGAGCAUUGAGGGUGGCGAAACCCAAACGCCACGAGAUGCUGGAGAACACGUGGAAGAUGAUAACGGAAGGGAAAUCAAUGCCGUUGACUAGGCAUUUGAAGAAAUCGAACACGUGGGAGAAUCACGGCCGUGAUAUCAACGUGGAGGCGUUGUCCGAUUCAACGGCGUCGUUGAAGAAAUCGGAGACAUUCAGGGACCGGACCAAUUACCAGCCUCCAACUGAACUGGUGAUCUCUCCUUCUCGGGUGAAGCCAAAGACAAGUCAGUUCAUCAUUGGGUUGAACAAAUAUUUAGAUGCCCUUAAUGGUAAGUUUGCAGUUGGCAUGAGAUUUAAGAUGAGAUUUGAAGGGGAAGAUUCUCCUGAGAGAAGGUUUUCUGGAAUAAUUGUUGGACUUGAAGAUUUUUCUCCUCACCGGAAAGAUUCAAAAUGGAGUUCAUUGAAGAGGUCUGACAGGGUUUCACCAUGGGAGAUAGAACCCUUUGUUGCUUCAAUUCCACCAGCUCUGGCUCAACCGAAUGCAGCUAAGAACAAAAGGCCUCGACCGCCCGCUGAAAAUCCUACUCUACAUAUGUCAACAACAUCAUCAGCUCCUUGGAAUACUGGAGUGACGCAUUUCCAUUAUCCAACUCAGUGUAACAUUUCUGCUGAAGCUAUAAGAAAUGAGAAUCAUGGCAUGUGGCAUCACUCAACACCUUCCAGCAUAUGUGGAUUUCCAAGCUCAAGGCAUGCUUGUGUUGAUGAAUAUACUUGUGUUCAGUUGAAGAGUAGUAACUCAACACAAACUAAAGAAAUAUAA